AUGCCACGUGCGCGUGUUACAAAACGUCGAGUUGGAUCCGACGAGGAAAUGGAGCACGACCAAAAGGAAAAUCAGCCCGCACAACGAGGUGGAGAGCCAAACGCACAAGCAGAUCGAGGGAGAAAUAAUGGUGAUCAAGAAGAAUAUCCAGCGUUCGACCCACGAACAUUUGAACAUGCACCCAUCCCAGCUGCGAAUCACCCAAAACUCAAAGCCGUCACGGACAGCUGGGACGGGAUAAGCGCUCCGUUGAACAUGCUCGAACAGCUCAUAAGAGAUUGUGGACCCAUGUUGGCAGAGAUUGACGGUGUCGACUCAAAUGAACUUCAAAAGUUGGAUCAACUUAUGAGAGCCGUUAUUGACGAGAAAGAGGCUCUCGCUGCUCGAAGAAACGCGUCCCAGGAAAUAAGAGAGGAGCUCACCCAGGGCAAGCGGAUUAUUGACCCGGCAACCUUGUGGCAACAGAAAUCCGACGCCGCUUUGGCAGAAUACGAGAAGAAGACGGCAAGACAAAAAUAUGGGAAGAACAGGACAUACGAGGAUUACCGCGCCGAUAUAUGGGCGUGCGAUCCAGAUCACGAGGGUGAAGGCAUGCCCCCACUCCAGUCUUUGAUCCCACGAGAGGAAGGAGAUGAUGAAAGUGACGAUGAUGUCGAAGUCGGAGGCGUAGUACAAGACUAUCUCGAUCCACUCACCCGACAGAUGCUCGAGAAUCCCAUGACCUCAAAAGUGUGCGGUCACUCGUACUCUCGCGCAUCCAUCUACGAGUUUCUUGGGAACCAGACCAAGGCGUGUCCGACAUCUGGAUGCAACAGGAGAAUCAACAAAAACGAUCUAGUACCAGACGAGAACAUUGAAAGACGAGUCAGGGCGAGGAAACGCCAGCUGGAACAGGCAAAGGCCGGUAGACGAAAACGUGACAAGGCCAUUGUAUUGGAUAGCGACGAAGACGAAAUGAUCAAGGACGAAAAAUAG